AUGUAUUUGGAAGUUCGCAAUGUCUUCUCAGAAGCUUUCCCUCCAUGCGAUUUCCAGGCAGAUGACCCGAACCUGAUCGAAUCCUUUCGAGCACGACACCCGGAACGAGCACCACAGGUCCUGGGGGACAUGGGGUACAUCUUCACCUGGGGUAUUUAUGUCAAAGGUCCAGUUCGAGAUGCGGCAUAUCGAAACGCUGCCUUGGCCCUGGAGUACUACAGGAACUACAACGCAAGCGUGCAUCAGCCAGUGAGAUUUUUCCAUGGUUUGUCUGAACUUGAGAUGGAAGACUUUCUUCUGUGUAGCGAUUCCACCACCUGGGGUGCGGAUUUCACCAACACGGCCAUUUGGGCAAACUAUGUGAAGUGGACUGGAGAUCUUGAGGGUGUGACGGCGACGCCAGAAGGAUAUGUGGCCAGGCAAUAUGAUGUGCUGCAUUAUUGGUGGGAACCAGAUGAAGGAGAAUUCACAGAUCUAGAUGAGUCCAGACUGGUGCUUCCAGAGCACAAUGCUUUAGAACAUGCAGAGGGGAGAUCGUCUCAGUUUUUGGCAGAUGAGAUUGGGCAGACUCACCAGUGCGUUUCUGGGCUGUUAUGUGCCCGCCUGGCCAGCACCAAAGCCAAAUUGGCAAAGAGCGGUGUCUUCUUUGCGACCCUGGGACCUUCGCAGCAAAUGAAGGGCAGGCUCUUUGCUCACCAUGUGGCCGUGGUUCAUAUGUGUGGAAAUGACACCGAUUUCAGGACGACUACAACUCUUGCAGACGAUGGGAAUGAGAAGAAGUGGAUCGAAGUGCAAGGAGCCAUCUCAGAGUCCUAUUGCCGUUGUGCUCCUGGCCGCUUUUUGCAAAAUGGCACGUGCCUGCCGUGUGGCACGGGGUCCUCAUGCCCUGGGUCCAAUGCUUUGGAAGUUCUGCCGGGUUUCCAUUCCAAGCCGAAUGAGCCAGCAGUACUUUUCCAAUGCUUUGGUAAUCCUGCGCGGUGCCCGGGAGGCGUACCCGGAACUUGUGCCAGUGGAUGGGAUAGCCAUAGUCCUGGUUGCAGUGAGUGCCUUACAGGCUUGCAACCGAGUGGUGCAGAAUGCCUUCCUUGCUCAGCAGGUGACUAUUUCCGUUUGCUUUUCUUUGGUUUGCUCGUGAUCUUUGCCACCGGCGUAAUGCACAUACUGAUCAGUGUGGGUGGCCACGGCAGCAACCGCUUGCAAAGCAGACUUGCCAACCACAAACCCACAUGGCAAAUCUCCAUUCUGAUCGGGACUUUGGGCUCCCUAUGCCUGCUUUUCUUCAUCUUGAUUUGCUUUGUAUGCUUGGAGCCAUUUCGAUGCAACGAGCAUCCAAAUGGUUUGGCCACCAUGCAGACUGCACACAGCGUCUUCUGCAACUUUACGGACCAGCAUUUGAGCUUGUGCAUCAUGGCUUUGGUGAUGCUGAUUGCUCCAGUGGGCUUCUUGGCAGUGCUGGGCUUACUUUUGAUGGCGAGUGUAAUCUUGGUGACAUACUACAAGCCUUGGCGCUCGAUCCUCGCCACCCAGGUAGACAUUGCUGGGCAGGCUGUUCUGCUCGUGCUCUUGUUGUUGAGCGGUUUGAGCGUUCAAGACGAAGAUCUCACUGCAGUGAUGAUCCUUUGCACCAUCGUGGCCUCUCUCCUCGUCUUUGUCAUCGUUCUGGCAGCAGGAUAUUCCUUCGGGCAGUAUGUCAGAAGCAAGAUCCAUAAACCGUACCGUUUCUUCUUAUGUCACCACAAAGCGGCAACGGCUGCAUUGGCACGUUGGUUGAAGAUGGAACUUGAAGGCUGCGGGGCGCGUUUCAAGACCUUUAUCGACCUGGACAGUCUCACUGACCUUACUCAGCUCUUCUCAUAUGUGAGUACCCAAGUGGAGACCUUGGCAAUCCUGGGAAGCCCACAACUGGUGAUGCGGAAAUGGUGUGUUGGAGAGAUCGUCACGGCCAGACUCUUCAAUGUGCAGGCGGUGCUGGUGAGUUUGCCGGACUUCAGCCUACCAGAUGAAGAUUUCAUCAACGACUAUGGUGCCAAUGUGCCAGAGAUCAUUGACCUCACGACCUAUGGUUACGGGCUCUCUGAAGUGAAAGCGUCCCUGCGAUGGCUUUGGACCAUGAAGACGAUUCGCGUGAAGAAGGUCUCUGCAAGGAGUGUGGCUGAGAUCGUUGGAGAGCUCACGGAGAUCGGGCACAAGAGCGGUGUGAACGACGGCCUUCAUGUUCCAAGCAUUGGUGGUUGCAUUGUGGUCGACCACGACAACACUGAAGCCUUAGCUGCAGCCCAUGUCUUGGCGCGUUUCCUGGCCCCAAUGACAAUGGAUCGUGGCGUGCCAAUCAUGGUGAUCCCCCCCAGAAGAACCAGAGCAGCAGCUACAGCAAAUUCAGCCCUCAGUCCUGAUCUUGAUGUGCUCCAAGAACUGCUUUGUCUCUUCAUAUGUGACCAAGUGUGUUCUCAAAGCACGCUUCCUGGAGUCUUGUUCAGUUUUGCCCGUGAUUGCGGAUGA